UGGCCUCGGACACCCAGGCAGCCUCUGACGUGUCGGGGAGGAGCCGGGCGCGGAGGUGCGCGGAGUGGAGCUCAGGACUGCGGCGGGGAGCGGAGCCGAGCGGCUGGGCGGGCCUGGCCAGGCCAGCGGAGCGGAGACGUCGGUCGAGCGGUGGCGAACAUGCGCUUUUGACACAUUGGAGGCUUUCUUGAUCAUGGAUGGUGAGGAUAUACCAGAUUUUUCAAGUUUAAAGGAGGAAACUGCUUAUUGGAAGGAACUUUCCUUGAAGUAUAAACAAAGCUUCCAGGAAGCUCGGGAUGAGCUAGUCGAAUUCCAGGAAGGAAGCAGAGAAUUAGAAGCAGAGUUGGAGGCACAAUUAGUACAGGCUGAACAAAGAAAUAGAGACUUGCAAGCUGAUAACCAAAGACUGAAGUAUGAAGUGGAAGCAUUAAAGGAGAAAUUAGAACAUCAAUAUGCACAGAGCUACAAGCAGGUCUCCGUAUUAGAAGAUGAUUUAAGCCAGACUCGGGCCAUUAAGGAGCAGUUGCAUAAGUAUGUGAGAGAGCUGGAGCAGGCCAACGACGACCUGGAGCGGGCGAAAAGGGCAACGAUAGUUUCACUGGAAGACUUUGAACAAAGGCUAAAUCAGGCCAUUGAACGAAAUGCAUUUUUAGAAAGUGAACUUGAUGAAAAGGAAUCUUUGUUGGUCUCUGUACAGAGAUUAAAGGAUGAAGCAAGAGAUUUAAGACAAGAACUAGCUGUUCGGGAAAGACAACAGGAAGUAACCAGAAAAUCGGCUCCUAGUUCUCCAACUCUAGACUGUGAAAAGAUGGAUUCUGCUGUCCAAGCGUCACUUUCUUUGCCAGCUACUCCUGUUGGCAAAGGAACGGAGAACAGUUUUCCGUCACCAAAAGCUAUACCAAACGGUUUUGGCACCAGUCCGCUGACUCCUUCAGCGAGGAUAUCGGCGCUGAACAUCGUGGGGGAUCUCUUACGGAAAGUGGGGGCUUUAGAAUCCAAAUUAGCAGCUUGCAGGAAUUUUGCAAAGGACCAAGCAUCACGAAAAUCCUAUAUUUCAGGGAAUGUUAACUGUGGGGUGAUGAAUAGCAACGGCACGAAGUUCUCUCGAUCAGGGCACACGUCUUUCUUUGACAAAGGGCAAGAAAAAGUCAUAUUUCCCACGUUGUUCAUGGAUGAUUCCCAGAUCUGCAUCUAUCCCUGCCCGUUCUUUUUCCGUUUGCUCCCGUGUUGUCCACUGGGACUGUCCCUUCGGUGCUUUUGCUGCUCCCUGAAACAUCAGAUGUGGUGAGCCUGGAGAGGUUUCUUCUGGAAACCUUUUCCUCAUCGUGCAGCUCUGAGGGAGGGUGAUUGAAAGUUUGGCAUGUGUCGAAGCUCAAGCAGCAGACUCCCCAGCCCAGAGAGCAAAGGACCACCCGUGCGGGUCCCUGAGGGGGGAGAACGUACGGAGGGCAGAGAUGGCCCUUGUCAGGGCCCCUCGUUGCUCUUGGCCUGUGUGGGCAGCUUCAGCUCCCCCUCAAGGUCUGUACUCAGCUUGGUUUCUUGAGCUGUUCAUGUUGUUUCUCCAAAGUAGUCAAGGGUCAUGUGUCCAGUCUCCUCGCAGGCCUCUCCUCCACGGACUCCCUUCACCUCCUCUAUCAAACAGCCGUCCUGGGGGGAAUAUGUGUCUGCAGGCUUUUUGGUGGUUUUGUUUUAAGAGAACCUCUCUCCACGAGUCCGUACUCAACUCCCUGGGCCCCUCCAGUGAGUGGGCCCAUGGAGACAGUGGGGGGGGCAUGUGUGGGGCAGUGUUGGCUGCAUCUCUCAAGUUGUGAGUGGGACGCAUUUUCCUAGUGAGUUUGUCAGUGAGGAAGGGCAGAGGUGGCUUCCCGAGAGAGGCUCCAGGCCUUGCACUCACCCCUUGCUGCUUCCCGUGGCUGUGCUGCAGGGUGGCUGGGGCUGGGGUGGUGGCUCCGCCCGGGUGCUGGGUCCUGGCUGCAGGUGCUUGUGCUGGGUGGGGCUGGGGUCUCACCACUUUGCUGGGAAGACUACCCAUCUGGCUUUGCUUGCUUACAAUUUUAAAGAGUUAUUUUUCUCCCCCGUAUUAAGAUAUUCACAUGCAUUGGAGAGGAUUUGGAAAACAAUUUUAAAAAGCAUAAAGUAGUGAAUAAAAUUUUUCUGCAACUCCGAGGGAAGAAAAGUAACCAUUGUUAAAUUUUCCUUCUGUGAUAUACAUGAAAAUGUGUGUGUGUGCCCCCAUACGUUCUAGAUUUUGCUACGUAGAUAGUAACGUCUAGCUGCAUAAGGGCUCUAGUGCAGAAUACGUACUCCUUCCUUUUUUCCUUCAUAACGUUGAGCACCAUCCAGUUUGGUAACCUGCCGCUUUUCCCACCUCGCAUGCAUCACAUGCGGAGUAUUUCCAUGCUGUUAGGAACUCUGUGGGAUGCGUUUUUAAAGGCCUGUCACAUUUCCUUGUUCGGUGGUACCCUUACUUCGCUCAUUCCCUGCGGCAGCCCUUCAGACCGGCUCUUCCCGGAAACGGAUCAGGGCCGGCCGCCAGGGCCGGUGCGAGGAGGGAGCACGUGGUCCCGUCGCCCCGGGACCACGGAGCGGUCGGGUCUCUGACCGGCCGGUGCUGUGCAGGCAGCCGCUCUCCCUUGGCCGGCAGGAUCCCACUGUGGGCAGGGCACAGGGAUAGUCGCAGAGAGCAAAUGAAUUUCGCUGUGUGUCGAGUGAUUUUAAAUGACAGUCUCUCUUCUUUCUCUUCCCCUUCCCUUCUCUGCUCUGGUCACCC